AUGGAAUGUAAUACAAGCAAAGCAAUUAUCAACGUGGAUGUGAUGGAAGAAACUGCAAUGGAUGUUGAAGUUGAAAAAUCCACUGUCGAUGACAGUUUAAUUAUUAAUGAUAAUAGUACUGUAGCACCAGUGAUAAUUGAAGAAUUGGAUGAAAACGCUAUUAAUUCAAUGGAUGUGGAUAUCAAUGAAUUUGUUGAAGCUAAAGCAUUACGGAUACAAGAAGUUAAAGAUGUUAUUUCAAAUUAUACACCUCCAUCAUGUAGUUCCAAUAAGGAUAUUAUAGAUACAGAAGAUCAGGAUAUGUUAUUAACUGCAGAUGAGGAAGAUCGAUUAACAAAGCAGUUUUUAAAUGGAGAAUUAACAUUUAGUGAAUAUUCAUCAAGAAUGGAUAAAGAUAUAGAUGUAGAAACAGUAGAAAAUGAAAACUCUAGAAAGAAUAUCGAAAUAGAUCGUGUUAUUGUACAAAAAACUGCAGAACAAAAAACAUGCAAAGCAAAUAAUGUGCAACAAGUACGUCAGAGGAGGAAAAGGCGUAUUUUGCCACAAGUUUUACAAGGACUUAUGGGUGAAGCAAAUUUAAGAUUUGCCAAAGGAGAAAUAGAUUUAGCAACCAAACUAUGUAUGGAAAUCAUUAGACAAGUACCAAGUGCUCCAGAACCAUUUCAAACCUUAGCUAUGAUAUAUGAAAAUGAUCAACCAGAAAAAUCACUACAAUUUGCUUUAAUUGCUGCACAUCUUAGUCCUAUAGAUGCUGAUGAAUGGACAAGAUUAGCUAGCAUUUCACAAGAUAUUGGUCAUAUAAAACAAGCGAUAACAUGUUACUCUAAAGCAAUUAAAGGGAAUCCAAAAGACAUAAGUUUAUAUGAGAUGCGAGCACAACUUUAUGAUAAAAAUGGAGACAAAAAAUCAAAGUGGCGAGGAUAUGCAAGAUUGAUUCAUCAAUUGGAAGCUGAUGAUGAUGUUUAG